AUGGCGUUCCCAUACAAGCAUUUCUUGGUUAUCGGCGCGACAGCUGGAAUCGGCAAGGCCCUCGCGACCCGUCUAAUUGAGUCGGGGGCUAAGGUCACCGCCGUGGGUCGGCGGCAGGACCGUCUGGAUGAAUUCGUGCAGACUUUCGGGGCUGCACAUGCGAAAGGCGAGCGGUUCGACAUUGGAGAGUUGGCAAAGAUUCCGGAUUUUGUUACAAGGGUGAUGAAGGAAUCGCCGGAUAUUGAUUCUAUUAUAUUCAAUGCCGGGGUACAAAACCCGUACGAUCUGACAGAUCUCGAUAAGUUUGAUCUGACGGCGUUCCACGAGGAAGUGAAGAUCAACUUUUCCAGCUUCGUCUCUUUCACCCAUGCCCUUUUGCCAUAUCUUCAGAAGAACACGAACCCAACUAGUUUCAUCUUUACCGGCUCGAAUUUGGCCAUCGUGCCUGCCGCCACGCUUCCGGCGUACUCAGCAUCGAAGGCCGCCCUAAAUGUCUUUACCCUCUGUUUGCGGGAGCAGCUAAGGCACUCGAACACCAAAGUGGUCGAGAUUUCCCCUCCACCGGUCCAGACGGAAUUGCACGACUAUAUGGGCAAGGAUGCGGGUCGCCAGUUGGGAAUGCCCUUGGACGCAUUCACGCAGCAGGUUUAUCAGGGACUGGCCGAGGGCAAAGAUCAGAUUGUAAUUGGUAGUAUUGGGCCAGUAGACACAUUCAACGGGAUCGUGGACAACCGUCGCACUGCCUUCGAGAACCUCUCCAAGAUGAUGCGUGGUGGGAAGCCCUAG